GACGGGGUUCACAUGUGCUACUCACCCAGAACACCUGGUCUGGGGAGGACCCUGGCGGUCGGAGGGGCAGGGACCGAGAGCAACGCCUGCGCAGGGCCCUGGAGCGAGACUUUCCGCUCAGCGACUUUCGCCCCCUCGGGGCCGAGGGCUCCCGCGGGGUCGGCCCCGCCCUCUACCCUGCGAGGGCGCGUCCUGGCCGCCCCGCCCACGCUGGCCCCUGCGCGGCAGUCCGGCCAAGCGCCGCGGAGGGCGCGGGGAUGCGCGGGGCGGCGGCGACCCUCCGCCGCAGGGCGAGGCCCGGGGGGCGCAAGGAGAGCGCCAUGCCCACCCCCGGGAACGGCACAGGCAUGUGUGUGCAAGUGCAGCAGCCCCUGCAGGGCACCUUCCAAGUACUUCGUGGGGAUGGCACUUCUGUGGGGACUGUCAUCGUGUUCCACUGCCCCUCGGGCCACCAGAUGGUGGGGUCUGGCCUCCUCACCUGUGCCUGGAAGGGGAACAUCGCUGAGUGGUCUUCAGGGACCCCCAUGUGCAAGACUGUGCCCCCCUACGAAACCUUUGGCUUCAAGGUGGCCGUGAUCUCCUCAGUCAUCAGCUGCGCCAUCAUCAUGCUCAUGUCCAUGGCCUUCCUCACCUGCUGCUUCGUCAAGUGUGUGAAGAGGGGUGAGCAGCGGCGAUCCAACAGGGCAAACCAACUGUGGCUCCAGCUGAGAGGCGAGGAUUUGGAGACAGUGCAGGCUCCCUACCUCGGCCUUAAGGGCGUCAGCAGCAACAGCAGCAUCAGUGGAGGGUCCAGGAUCCAGCCUGUCCAAGUGCACGACAAUCGCAGCUUCACCACAGACCUUGGCGAGGGUACCAGAGAGCUGGCCAGCGUGGCCCGAGGCGUGGACAAGGACUUCUGGACCGCUAGUGGCCCCACCAGCUCACCCCGCGCCCAGGUGAUGGUGCAUACAGCAAACCCAGGGCAGAUCCUGCCUCCCUCCAGGCCAACUGUGAUGCUCAGACAGCCUGCAGCCUAUGUCCCAGGGUGACCAAAGCAGAGACCAGAGCCUGCCCUCCACAGUGGGAAGGCCAGGACGACCCUACCAGCUGACACCUGCAUCUCGACAUGUGUCCAGCUCAAGAUUGGUCAGUGAAAUCAGCUUCCCGGCUUAGAGAUCCCUCAGAGCAUUGAGUUGGGGACCCUCUCAGGGGGUGACCUGUCCCAGGGGAGCCCAGCCAUAGCUGUUUUUAUAGACAGGGCUCCUUGAAACCACCACUGAGGUUCACAAAACCAUCUGCAGCCUCCCUCUAGUGAGGCUCCUUUGAAGAGACUGGAGGACAUUUUAGGCACGUCUAGUUUUGCAUAGCAGAGUGGAGGAGAUGACAGCAGACUCCUCCACAGUUAUAGCUGGCUGCCUUGUACCUACAAGCAGAGACCCAGCUGGGAUGCUGCAUCCAUUAUCUGUAAAGUUGUGGUAAGGGGUAUGAAAUAAACAAUUCUUUGAAAAACAAUAAAGGUAAGAAUUAC